UCUCAUCUUACCGCCCUGUUACGGGUCAACAAUCAAAUCCGUUGUUCAAUGAAUGGUCGACAAGACACCGUACCGCGGCACACAGUGCUGGCAUACAUUCCAUUGUAGCUGCAAAGUGCCCGACCACGACCGCAGCACCGAGACGUCGUCAUGCUUAGGUACCAGCUCCUCAAAAGGCCUGAUCCCCCCCAAGGCCUUACAGUACCUCAACUCAGUACAACCCCUCCCCCGGACUUAUUUUGUCUGGACCUUCGAACAAUCCUCUUAUCCAUGAUGCGUACUCAGUCGUGCCCUGCGCUAUGUCGCCUAGAGCACGGCAUAGAAAGUGUUCUAUCCCAGAAGCCUCCCUGAGGAUCUCUUAGCUUGCCGGAGACGCGCAGAGAAUGCUCUGAAAAUGACUUCAAAAUCUAUAUACCUAGCCUGCCAUGUCCAGACAUACACAAUGUCAAGUGCGGGCCCCUCUUCGCGAACCUUUCAACACCAUCACUUGGCGGGCAAGGUUCCAGAUCCAACCGGCCAGCCUUUUCAGAUUCAUUCUCCGUCCUUCCAUGACAAGACUGAUCCAAUAGACGAAAAGGUGGACUGGCAAUGAGGAUCCAGUCCGUUACGGCAGACAUCAUGCCUAUUGCACUCAAGAUCUACCUGGACAGAUGCGAUUUUCCGUCGCUGAUCAACACCAAGGUUCACGGGUAAGUUCAGAGAUCCAUGUAACCACCCCGAAGAUCGACACGAUCGGGAGCCCGUAGCGGGUUUGGAAAACAACACGACCAGGGAAUAUCUUUUUUUCCUGAGGAUUUUGAACUAGAAAUAGUAGGUCUUUUAUGCCGUUUAACGACUCUCUCGAUCAUUUAUUCUGCUUCCUUUCUCCUCUUCUGCCGCUACCUAUAACUUCUACAACGGCUAGCAAGCAAGCGAGCAAAAAGGCGUACACCGUUCCCUGCGUGCUCACCCCACCACCGCUGUCUCUCACUCCCCGACCCAAAGCCUCAAAAUGCUUCCUCUGGCAAUCUACCCGAUCCCAUUCAUCGUGCUACUGGUCGGCCUCUUUCUAGGAGGAACGUUGGUCCACGCACAAUUACCGGGAACCUGCACCAUCAACUGUGCCGCCGACCACCCGGUGAUGUCCCCCUGCAAGGGCGGCGAAACCGGCUAUGCCCUUGACGUCUGUCUCUGCAGCAGGUUCAAGGCCAGCGACGACCCUUUCAUCACCUGCAUCCAACAAUGUCCCUGGGAGGAACAAGUGUCGUUCGCCGGCACCUUGCCCAGCAUGUGUAACCGGGUCUUGUUCCCGUAUAUCGACACGACAGACGGACUGGCGCCGCCGAGAGAGAAUGACGAGCCCGCUGCAGGACAACCGAUAGACAAGGCCGUGGAUGCAACUGCAACGGCGACUGGAUCUUCCUCCCAGUCGACCACGUCGAAAAGUGACGCCACCAGCUUAUCGUCCAGCGCUGUAUUGAGUGCAUGUCUCGACGGGCUUGUCGGUGCGAUUGUCGUUGGGGCUUUCCUGGCUCUGAUGUGAUGUGAUGGAACGGUCUGGAGGAAUGAAUGUUGGUGUCUAAGAAUGACAAAAUACUGCACGGUGCUGGGGGGUUCUUGCAUGAGAUAGGGAGUCGACAGACCAUGAGAGAGCGGAAAGAAGCGAUCAUACCACAAGAGAACAGGGCUAUCGCCACGCUAUCGACGGUUGCAUGAAAUGAAUGAUUGAAUGACCAAGAAACUGGCUGUCUGGUGGGAAACGGGCGUGAAAACGAAUGGAAGUAGAAUGGCCCGUUCAACUCGGCGCUUUCUCUACAAUACUGUACCAUGUCGGAUGAUGAGAACGGUGAUCAUUGAUCCUGAGCAUAAUGAGAAAGGAGGUUUCACCAUUCUGAUUAGCGCGAGUUCCAUCUGGGAAUGUAUCUGGCCAGCUUUUACCGUCUAUAUCCCGACUUAUUCUGCGCCUCAACAUCGACAUCGAC